UUUGCAUAUAAGUGGGCGUUACCAGCUACAUACAUGUACUAAGUUAAAGUCUUACAAAGAGAAGCAAUGCAGGUCGAGGGAGCUCAGGGAGAUGAUGGAGGAAGCUCUAACUGGGAGAAUAAGUUCAAAAAAUUGCAAGACUUGUGGCUUACACCAAAACCCUCUUCGAAACGAUCAGGCUCUGAAGGCCUAUCUUUGGCUGAAGCUCUAGCAAAAAUUAGACAAUUGGAGGCUGACUUGAAAGAAUCACAGUUGGGGGAAGCACUAGCAAAGCAGGAGUUAGAAAACACACUUAAAAAACAUGAGGAGGAGAUUUCAUACAACGAGAAAUUUUUAGGAGGUCUGAAUUGGCAGGCAAAGAUUGAGCGUUUGGAGGCGGACUUGAAAGAGGUUAAAGCAGGUGAAGCACAAGCGCAGCGACAGCUGGAAGAAGCAACUAGAAGACACGAUGAGAAGAUCUUAUUUAAGGACAAGCAGCUAAGAAUGGUAACCGGAAACUUGACAGACAGACAAGCAAAAAUCAACAGUUUGGAAGCUGACUUAGACAAAGCUAAACGACGUGAAAUGAAAAUGCAAAAAGAACUCAAGCUAGUUAAAGAGGAACAUAUUGCAGAGCUAUUAGAGAGAGACAAGCAACUGGAAAAUUUUCAGGCGAAUACAGAGCAACCAAGUGGGAUUGACGAGCAAAGUGUAGCUACAAAGAAAAUUAUGGAGGAAAACCUUGAAGUUUUGACUGAUGAGUUCAAGCACUGCAUGCAGCAAGUUGCAGAGAAGUUGGGACAAUUUGAUGAGCAGUUGAAAUCAGUAAAAGAAGGGGAGAUAUUGACAGCCAUUACCGAGCCUCCACCAAUGUUUCGUGAUCCUGGUUGCGCCAAAGAAGAUGAACAGGAUGCAGUACGUCUCUAUAGUGGCUAUCCCCAAGUUCAGCAGGACCACUAAACAGCUACAUAUGUAUUGAAUUGAAACUCGGACUCAACAUGUCCUGAACUUGUAAACAUUAAUUUUAACAUAGUAACUUGGCAACAUUAAUAACCCGAUAUCAUACAUGCUAACUUCUAUUGUAUAAUAUUUAUUUUUGAGAUAA